AUGGCAAAGUUUGUCGUGAAAUGUGGAGUUUUGUGUCUGUUGUUCCUGGCUGUGAAAUCAGUGAAACAGCCAUUAUCCGUGACGAGAGAUGUUCUGGAUAGUUUUCGAGUUGAUGAGUUCAGUUGCGAAGCCGACAGGCAUGUAUGUACGCGAAGAAAUGCGUUGUGCCAGCCUGAUGGAUCGUGUAUGUGUCGGAAUAACACGCCAGAUUACGUGAAUCCAAAGCUCGAUGUAAAAUAUGGCUAUCUAGGUCAUGGUAUGGUGGAUGGAUGUAUGUCAGUAGCGCCAUUGGUGGACUCAAUUGAUCCAUGUAUGUAUGAAUUUAUAAUUAUCUUUUAUAAGCUGUCCUGGUUUGUAUCCAAACUAUACAUGGGUUUUCACAACUGCUCCUGUUGUAACGAGCCACUCAAAGGUGGAGUCGAGUUAUUUCACUAUGAUCUGCAUGCCUGUGUCAAUGGCUUCACUCGAGUCGAGUCAAUGGCUUCACUCGAGUCAAUAAUCCCACGAGAAAUAGCACGGCUCAUUGAAAAUCAGCUGUAGUUUCAUGUAGUUGCUGAAUGGUUACCGUGUCUCAAUAAAUUUUAAAUACAAAUGCAAAAUACAAAUGGCAACACAAAUGGCAUGGUGAACAAAAAAGUGAACAAAAAUGCCAGUUUAAAAACAUUUCUCUACCGAGGCAGAAACAUGCCUGUAUCUGCAUCGAGAAUUACUUUUUAUUUCUUCAACCCCUAGCUUUUAGGACUCUUCCCAACCUAUUCAACUACAAUAUUUUUGAUGAAUUUAUCCUGAACAAGUUGUAGCUGAGUUUACUCGAGUCAUUUACGGCAGAAAUCCGGACAAGUCGAGUCCGAAUCGAGUCAUUUGGGGCUGUUGACUCGAGUCGAGUCAUUUUUCGCAUUCGACUCGAGUCGCAAAAAAUUGCGACUCGAGUCCGAGUCAAUGGCUCUAAUAAAUGUAUAAAAUUCGCACUCAUCAAUUUCCAUAUACAAAACCUUUUUUAUUAUGUAAAGUACAGUGCUUUAAUAGAGAUUUCGAGCACUGAUAAAAUUGAUAAUCUCACAUGUGAGAUUUAUGAUAAUUUCACAUCUGAAAACUAUCGCUUUUCAAUUAUAUCGCUUUUCUGUAAAAAUUAUCGCUUUUCAAAGACUCUCCUUUAUAUAAUAAACAGAAAAAUACAUGGGUGCGCGGAAAUACCAGAUUUAUUUCACGUGUUGAACAUGAUAUCUCACUCUUGAGAUAUCACGUUCCACACUCGAAAUAAAUCUGGUAUUUCCACGCACCCAUGUAUUACUCUCUAUUUCAAACACUAAUUAAUAAUUCAUAAGCUUAUUCAUAUUGGCAAAUCAUGUCAACCAUAAUAUGUCACGUGCAGUGGCUUUAAACCUGACAAAACACUCCGAAUUAGUAUUCUUUACAUAAAGAAUACUAAUAAGACAGUAUCUAUUGUAGUCGUGUCCUCAUUAGUAUUUUUUAUAUAAAGAAUACUAAUAAGGCAGUAAAUCUAUUGAAUUUGUAGUCGUGUUUGAAGCCGUUUAAUAAACUCGCUGGUCGUGUUUUAUUAGGUCUAAAGCCACUCGCGCUGCGCGCUCUUGGCUUUAAACCUAAUAAAACACUCCUGCUCCUUUAUUAAACAGUACAUAAUACACGCAAGACAGUACAACUUAUUUAAAUAUAUCGCUAGAUUACAAAAUACAAGCUAUAGCUAAAUAUUAUGUCUUCGUAUAUUGCAGAUAAUCUGGCGUGUUCCUAUUCCUUCCGUCCCUAUCAGCUGGUUCCAAGCACUCGUCAAGAAGAUCCAAUCUUGUUCAUCCAUUCAGCUGGGACACACUACAGUUCAUGUAACUUUUCGAAUGCCUUGGUCAGGUAUCCGAGUGAAAAGUCAUGGGUAUCUUUGACAUGGUUGAAUGAAAAUUAUAUUGAUAUCAAUAUGACUUAUGUUGGAGUACUUUUCUUUGGGGUAAGUUUGCUUUCUAUUCCUAUUAUGUCAUCUUCCCUCAAGAAUAAAAUAAACAGAGAUAUCUUGUAGAAAGUCUCAUAUCUUGUAGCAAGUCUGCCAACAAGCCGUCAACAAGUUGUGUUCGCACUGCUUGUCCCAAGUUGUCAACACGUUUGGAACAAGCAUGCAGUUAACAACUUGUAACAACCUUGUUGAUAUUAUCGCACUUGUUGCAAGGUUGUUCCAACAAGUCCCAUACAGUCAUCACACAACAAUAUUGUUACAACCUUGUGUCCUCAAUCUUGUAAAAUUCUUGUUAUAUCAUGACUGUAUCAGACUUCUUAAAACAACCUUGUAACAAGUCUGAUAAUGCUACCAAGCUUCUUACAAGUCGUUAACAGCUUAUAACAAUCUUGUUGAUCUUAUCAGACUUGUUGCAAGGUUGUUCCAACAAGUCCGAUACAGUCAUGAUAUAACAAUAUUGUUACAACCUCAUAUCGCCAACCUUGUAACAAGUCUGAUAAUGCCAUUAAGCUUCUUGCAAGUUGUUAACAACUUGUAACAAGCGUGUUGAUAUUAUCAGCUUUGUUGCAAGGUUGUUCCAGCAAGUCCGAUACAGUCAUGAUAUAACAAUAUUGUUACAACCUCAUGUCGUCAACCUUGUACAUUAUUGUUAUAUCACGACUUUAUCAGGUCUCCGGUCAACUUGAUUUUUAGCUAGGUCAAAAUCUGUUUUUGUGACCAGUGCAGGUCAGCAUUUUGUGGUCAAUUUCAGAAAUGUUACCAUUAUAGCAGCAAGAAAAUUAAACUAUACACGAAAAACCCACAAGUUUAAUUGUUACAGGUCUGCAAACAAGUUAUUACAAAUCUGUUCCCAAGCUAGCGACAACUUGUUCCCAGUUGUUUAAACAAGCUUGACGACAUUACCAGACUUGUAGCAAGGUUGAUCCAACAAGUCCGAUACAGUCAUGAUAUAACAACAUUGUACAAGUUGUUUAAACAGCUUGCAACAAGCUUGUUGAUAUCAUCAGACUUGCAGCAAGUUGUUCUAACAGGUUCGAUGCAGUCAUGAUAUAACAAUAUUGUACAAGUUGAUUAACAGCUUGUAACAAGCUUGUUGAUAUUAUCAGACUUGUAGCAAGGUUGUUCUAACAAGUCUGAUACAGUCAUGAUAUAACAAUAUUGUAUUCAAGUUGUUAACAACUUGUAACAAGCUUGUUGAUAUUAUCAGACUUGUAGCAAGGCUGUUCAAACAAGUCUGAUACCGUCAUGAUAUAACAAUAUUGUAUUCAAGUUGUUAACAGCUUGUAACAAGCUUGUUGAUAUUAUCAGACUUGUAGCAAGGUUGUUCUAACAAGUCUGAUACAGUCAUGAUAUAACAAAAUUGUAUUCAAGUUGUUAACAGCUUGUAACAAGCUUGUUGAUAUUAUCAGACUUGUAGCAAGGUUGUUCCAACAAGUCUGAUACAGUCAUGAUAAUUAUAGAGAAUAAUACAUGGGUGCGCGGAAAUACCAGAUUUAUUUCGAGUGUUGAACAUGAUAUCUCACUCGUUCGCGCGCUCACUCGUGAGAUAUCAUGUUCAACACGAGUGUGUUUAAAUACGAUUUUUUACGUGUGUUUAAAUACGAUUUUUCUCAGUGGCCAAAAACUCUAUAUAACACUUAUGUUUAUAUAACUUAUAUAAUAAAUAACAAUAUUGUACAAGUUGUUUAAACAGCUUGCAACAAGCUUGUUGAUAUUAUCAGACUUGUAGCAAGGUUGUUCUAACAAGUCUGAUACAGUCAUGAUAUAACAAUAUUGUAUUCAAGUUGUUAACAGCUUGUAACAAGCUUGUUGAUAUUAUCAGACCUGUAGCAAGGUUGUUCUAACAAGUUUGAUACAGUCAUGAUAUAACAAUAUUGUAUUCAAGUUGUUAACAGCUUGUAACAAGUUUGUUGAUAUUAUCAGACUUGUAGCAAGGUUGUUCUAACAAGUCUGAUACAGUCAUGAUAUAACAAAAUUGUAUUCAAGUUGUUAACAGCUUGUAAGAAGCUUGUUGAUAUUAUCAGACUUGUAGCAAGGCUGUUCUAACAAGUCUGAUACCGUCAUGAUAUAACAAUAUUGUAUUCAAGUUGUUAACAGCUUGUAACAAGCUUGUUGAUAUUAUCAGACUUGUAGCAAGGUUGUUCUAACAAGUCUGAUACAGUCAUGAUAUAACAAAAUUGUAUUCAAGUUGUUAACAGCUUCUAACAAGCUUGUUGAUAUUAUCAGACUUGUAGCAAGGUUGUUGUAACAAAUCUGAUACAGUCAUGAUAUAACAAUAUUGUAUUCAAGUUGUUAACAGCUUGUAACCAUUUUGUUGAUAUUAUCAGACUUGUAGCAAGGUUGUUCUAACAAGUCUGAUACAGUCAUGAUAUAACAUUAUUGCAUUCAAGUUGUUAACAGCUUGCAACAAGCUUGUUGGUAUUAUCAGACUUGUAGCAAGGUUGUUCUAACAAAUCUCAUACAGUCAUGAUAUAACAAAAUUGUAUUCAAGUUGUUAACAGCUUGUAACAAGCUUGUUGAUAUUAUCAGACUUGUAGCAAGGUUGUUCUAACAAGUCUGAUACAGUCAUGAUAUAACAAUAUUGUAUUCAAGUUGUUAACAACUUGGAACAAGCUUGUUGAUAUUAUCAGACUUGUAGCAAGGUUGUUCUAACAAGUCUGAUACAGUCAUGAUAUAACAAUAUUGUAUUCAAGUUGUUAACAGCUUGCAACAAGCUCGUUGAUAUUAUCAGACUUGCAGCAAGGUUGUUGUAACAAAUCUGAUACAGUCAUGAUAUAACAAUAUUGUAUUCAAGUUGUUAACAGCUUGCAACAAGCUUGUUGAUAUUAUCAGACUUGUAGCAAGGUUGUUGUAACAAAUCUGAUACAGUCAUGAUAUAACAAAAUUGUAUUCAAGUUGUUAACAGCUUGUAACAAGCUUGUUGAUAUUAUCAGACUUGUAGCAAGGUUGUUCUAACAAGCCUGAUACAGUCAUGAUAUUACAUUAUUGUAUUCAAGUUGUUAACAGCUUGCAACAAGCUUGUUGAUAUUAUCAGACUUGUAGCAAGGUUGUUCUAACAAGUCUGAUACAGUCAUGAUGUAAGAAUAUUGUAUUCAAGUUGUUAACAGCUUGUAACAAGCUUGUUGAUAUUAUCAGACUUGUAGCAAGGUUGUUCUAACAAGUCUGAAACAAUCAUGAUAUAACAAUAUUGUAUUCAAGUAGUUAACAGCUUGUAACAAGCUUGUUGAUAUUAUCAGACUUGUAGCAAGGUUGUUCUAACAAGUCUGAUACAGUCAUGAUAUAACAAUAUUGUAUUCAAGUUGUUAACAGCUUGUAACAAGCUUGUUGAUAUUAUCAGACUUGUAGCAAGGUUGUUCCAACAAGUCUGAUACAGUCAUGAUAUAACAAUAUUGUAUUCAAGUUGUUAACAGCUUGUAACAAGCUUAUUGAUAUUAUCAGACUUGUAGCAAGGUUGUUCCAACAAGUCUGAUACAGUCAUGAUAUAACAAUAUUGUAUUCAAGUUGUUAACAGCUUGUAACAAGCUUGUUGAUAUUAUCAGACUUGUAGCAAGGUUGUUCUAACAAGUCUGAUACAGUCAUGAUAUAACAAUAUUGUACAAGUUGUUAAACAACUUGUAACAAGCUUGUUGCUAUUAUCAGACUUGUAGCAAGGUUGUUCUAACAAGUCCGAUACAGUCAUGAUAAAACAAUAUUGUACAAGUUGAUUAAACAGCUUGUAACAAGCUUGUUGAUAUUAUCAGACUUGUAGCAAGGUUGUUCUAACAAGUCUGAUACAGUCAUGAUAUAACAAUAUUGUAUUCAAGUUGUUAACAGCUUGUAACAAGCUUGUUGAUAUUAUCAGACUUGUAGCAAGGUUGUUCCAACAAGUCUGAUGCAGUCAUGAUAUAACAAUAUUGUAGAAGUUGUUUAAAUAGCUUGUAACAAGCGUGUUGAUAUUAACAGACUUGUAGCAAGGUUGUUCCAACAAGUCCGAUACAGUCAUGAUAUAACAAUAUUGUACAAGUUGUUAACAGCUUGUAACAAGCUUGUUGAUAUUAUCAGACUUGUAGCAAGGUUGUUCCAACAAGUCUCAUACAGUCAUGAUAUAACAAUAUUGUACAAGUUGAUUAAGCAGUUUGUAACAAGCUUGUUGAUAUUAUCAGACUUGUAGCAAGAUUGUUCCAAGAAGUCUAAUACAUUCAUGAUAUAACAGUAUUGUACAAGUAAUUUAAACAGCUUGUAACAAGCUUGUUGAUAUUAUCAGACUUGUAGCAAGGUUGUUCCAACAAGUCUCAUACAGUCAUGAUAUAACAAUAUUGUAUAAGUUGUUUAAACAGCUUGUAAGAAGCUUGUUGAUAUUAUCAGACUUGUAGCAAGGUUGUUCCAUCAAGUCUGAUACAGUCAUGAUAUAACAAUAUUGUACAAGUUGAUUAAACAGCUUGUAACAAGCUUGUUGAUAUUGUCAGACUUGUAGCAAGGUUGUGCAAUGUUGACAUUAUUGAGACUUGCACACACUUGACUAGAAAGUUAGUUAAGUAUUUUAGAAGCACGAGGCUAGGGAACCGAGAAGUAAUUGGAUACGUCCUAUGCUGUUUGUACAAGUUGUUUGAUAUCUAUUGUUAUACUUAAAAGUGCUUGAUAUUGAUACAAAACCACGAACAUUACAUUGGCGACGAGGUAAACAAACAAACAAAAAAACCAGCUAUCGUUUAUCAAUACAAACGAUUUUGAAAUCUCUAGUUUACGAAUACAGUCAUGGCGACUGGCCGAAUCAAUGUAGCUCCAAUGGGCCAUUUGUUCCUAUGUCCAAUCCAAACUCUCUCAGUCAGCGCUGGAAAACGUGGAAACGACGAUUUGAAACAUAUCUUGUUGCUCUGAAUGUGACUGAAAAGAAACAAAAGCGGGCUCUCUUGUUGUACCACGCUGGCCAAGAGACUCAGGAUAUUUUUGAUACCAUUGUUGACAUCUGCGAAGACGACGACUAUGAUUCCGCUAUCGCUGCCCUCGAUAGGUAGUUUUCACCUAAAAAACAUGUAGAUUAUGAAAUUUUUAAGUUUCGUGAAGCCAAACAACAACCACAUGAAACAAUCGAUCAGUUUUCAACUCGUCUUAGGAAGCUGGCGGCAACCUGUGACUUCGAAAAUAUCGACAAGGAAGUAAAAUGGGCCAUAAUUCAAAACUGUUUAUCGAAACUUCUACGACGCUACGCCCUGCUUGACUCGGAAGUUACGCUAGCCAAGAUUCUCGCAAAAGGCAGAGCUUUUCAACUCAGUGAAUCGCAGGCAACCGGCAUUGAAAACGCAGUUGACUCAACACAUAUUUCUGACGAAGUAGUUGAAGCUGUCCAUCCUACAACGAAACAUAACAAUCAUCGUGAUAAACAACAUACAUCGUUUCACCGCCAAGACUUUUACACCUCAUAA